UGUUCGACAAUCGACAAUAUAGUUGUACCAUUUAUUUUAAAAUUGAUUAGAACUUUUACAAGUAAAAUUACAUCAGUAUAGAUUUCUCAAUGUCAGAGUGAUUGCUUUUUUCCUAUAUCGACAAUUACUCAAAGAAAUUUUUCUAACGGGUCUGCAGUGAAGAAAGUGAGAGUGAUGAUUGUUUCUUGAAAAGUAACUGUCUCUGUCUAGCAUGCAACUGGGUCACAGCUAGACUUGUUGUACCCUUCUCCUACCUAUAUAAGCUCUGAAAUGGAAGAUUGAAAGUAUCAGUUGCUCACCAAAUCAACCGAAUCAACAUGAAGCUGUUCGUUAUCGCCGCUGUCUUGGCCGUCGCUGCCGCCACCAGCUACCCUUCCACCUAUGCUCCAUCCAGCUACAAGGAUAACAAAUACGCCGGAAUCACCAUCGUGAGCCAAUCCGAUGAGCGCAACCUUGACGGCAGCAGCAAGUGGAGCUACGCCGGAUCCGACUACACCACCCGUGAAGAGUCCCAGGUCCAGAAGAAGAUGCAAGGCGCUUCUUACGAUUCUUACGGAAAGGCCACUUACGAGGAUGUUAUGGGCAACACCAACAAGGGAUCUUCCUACUGGGUUUCUCCUGAAGGCGAGAAAUUGACUUUGACCUGGUCCGCUGAUGAGGCCGGUUUCCAGCCCAAAGGCGACCACUUGCCAGUUGCUCCCGUCCAUGAGUACGAGCUCCCAGUUGCCCCUGUCCACGAAUACGAACUCCCCGUCCAUGUCCCAUUCAACGGAAAGGGAUACAAGAUCUACUAAACCAAAUAUUUAAAAUGAUAAUUUAUUUACCGAUUGAGCCAUGACGUUAUUUGUGUUGAUGUAAAUAUAAAAGCAAACCAUUUCA